CAGCCUGGGGCUCUAGGUGAUGGCCGCGGCUGGGAUCCUCCUGGCCGCCGCUCUGGGGGGAGGCUUGCUUUUCAUCGCGCGGUGCUUCUCUUCUGUGGCCCGGAAAAUUACGCUGAGGAUGCCUGCCGGCGGCCUGAUGGAAGGCAAGACUGCGAUCAUCACCGGAGCCAACAGCGGCUUGGGACGGGCCACGGCGGCCGAGCUGCUACGGCAAGGCGCGAGGGUCAUCAUGGCCUGCCGGGACUGCGGCCGCGCGGAGGAGGCCGCCCGAGAGCUCCGCGCCGAGCUGGGCCUCUGCUCGCGGGGGGGUGGCGAGUGCCGCGGGGAGCUGGUGGUGCACGAGCUCGACCUGGCUUCGCUCCGCUCCGUGCGCAGCUUCUGCCAGCAGGUGCUACAGGAAGAGCCGAGGCUGGAUGUCCUGAUCAACAAUGCUGGGAUAUUCCAGUGCCCUUAUAUGAAGACAGAGGAUGGUUUUGAGAUGCAGUUUGGCGUCAAUCACUUAGGUCACUUUUUGCUCACAAAUCUUCUCCUUGGUCUUCUAAAAAGUUCUGCUCCCAGCAGGAUUGUAGUGGUAUCCUCCAAGCUUUACAAAUAUGGAGAAAUCAACUUUGAUGACUUAAACAGUGAGCUAAGUUAUAACAAAAGCUUUGCCUAUAGUCGAAGUAAACUGGCCAACAUAAUGUUUAUGAGAGAGUUAGCCCGGCGCAUAGAAAACACAGGUGUCACUGUGAACGCAUUACAUCCUGGUAUUGUCAGAACAAAUCUAGGUAGGUACAUACAUAUUCCUUUAUUAGCCAAGCCCCUUUUCAAUUUGGUAUCUUGGGCAUUCUUCAAAACUCCAUCAGAAGGAGCCCAGACUUCUGUUUAUCUUACCUCUUCUCCUGAAGUAGAGGGUGUAUCUGGGAAAUAUUUUGGAGACUGCAAAGAGGAGCAAUUGUUGCCCAAGGCCACGGAUGACUUGGUUGCAAGAAAACUGUGGGAUAUCAGUGAAGUGAUGGUGGGGUUAUUAAAAUAACCAAGGAGAAGCACUUUACUGAAAUAAUGGAUAAAGCUAUUUUUGAGACUUACUUUUUUCCCUCCGUACCUUAUUUCCUUGGUGUUAUGAGACACUUACUUCAGGAUUCACAGCAAUCUGUGUUGAAUCUUGAUUCUUUCCACUUUUUUUUUAAACAAAAAUCUCAAUAUAAAGAAAACUAAUAUUUAACAAAAAGAGAGUUUAAGAAAAAGUGUUAAUAUAUUUCAAGAGAGAUGUACAACUAUUCCAUGAAAAUGGAAAAAAAAAAAAGAAGAAUGGCUAUUUUCGAACUGUGUGCUGAGAGUUCAGUGCUUCAUAUCUGAAUUAGCUGUGCAUGGUACUAUAUUUGAAAUGUGUUGUAGCAUUGUUCUAUUAAAGAAAAAACUAAGAGA